AUGUCGUCCAUCGAAAAGUUAAUGAUCCGAGGGAUACGCUCGUUUGCGGCCGACACUGGAGACGCGGCAACGAUCACCUUUUACUCGCCGCUGACACUUAUCACGGGCCACAACGGAUCUGGAAAGACGACGAUUAUUGAGUGUCUCAAGUAUGCGACAACGGGAGACAUGCCGCCCGGCAGCAAGACCGGCGCCUUUGUCAACGACCCCAAGAUGACGGAUAGCCCAAGCAUCAAGGCCCAAGUCCGCCUGCGCUUCAAGAACGUCAACCACCAAACCAUGUCCGUCGUCCGUUGCCUCUCCCUCACCGCCAAGAAAACCGGCUACACCCAAAAGACACUCGAAAACGUCCUUGCAGCACUCGACCCGGCGACGGGGGAACUGGUGACGGUCAGCUCGAAAUGUGCAGAGAUUGAUACGGAUGUGCCGAAUCAUUUGGGGGUCUCGAGGGCGAUCCUGGAUAAUGUGAUCUUUUGUCAUCAGGAGGAAGCGAAUUGGCCGUUGUCGGAACCGAGUGUCCUGAAGAAGAAGUUUGAUGACAUCUUUGCCUCUACCAAGUAUACGAAUGUGUUAGAGUCGAUAAGGGGUAUCAAGAAGGAAAAGACACAGGAUCUCAAAGUCUUGCACGCUAGUCUGGAGUUCCUUCGUCGCAACAAGGAAAAGGCUGAACGAAUCCGCGAUUCUUUGCAAAGGAACGGAGAGAACAUCGAGAAGAGUGAAGAGAGGAUCGACCAGUUGGAGAUUGAAAUUUCGCGGUGUGCGGAAGAGGUCAGUCGACUGAUGGAGAGGACAAGGGAGUUGCAGGCGAUCGAGGCUACGCUGAACGCCCUCUCUCAUGAACGCAAAGCCGCGCUCGUCAACAUUCGGGAACUGGAAGGAACUUUCACACUCUAUUCCGAGUCCGACACAGACCUCCAGGAGAUGUUGUUCAAGCACGACCUCAGCCUCAAGACAGCGGAUCAAGAGAAGCUCAAGCAGGAACGACAGAAACAAAAGGCUGCUAGCGCAAUCGCUAACUUGCAGUCAUCCGUUAGCAACAACCAGCAAAGAAUCGGACAGCUCAAGGCCGCGAUUGACAGUAGCAAGAAGAAGCAGGCCGAGAGAGACCAGUUGAUCAACGAGUUUGCUCAGCUUUAUUCAUACGACGGAUUUGAUUCUUUACCACUGAUCAAUUCGGAUGUUGUGCGGUUCAUCAACAAGCUUGACAUCCAAGUGCAACAAAAGUCUGGCGAGGUGGAGCGUCUGAAGAGCGAGAUCAGGGCCAAGGAACAGGGAGUUCGGUCACAGCUUGCGGACAAGAAGGCCAGAGUUGACAUGUCGUCGUCUCUGAAGGAAAAGUCCCAGGCGUCAAUUUCGUCCGCUCAAGUCAAACUUCGCCAACAAAACGCUGAGCUCGCCAAAUACCAGUCGACCGAUGCCGAAAUUGAGUCCACCGAGAUCCGCCUGGCAGAGCAGGAAUCGGCGUUGACGGCGCUAAAGUCGAGUGACCCAGGACUGGAAUCAAUGGAGUCACAAAAGCGCGCCAUGAUGGCGGAUGUUGAGACGUUUGAGAACGAUCUUUCAAGACUCAGCGAGCAGAUUUCUUCACAGGUCCAGUCAGCGGGAUCACAGGCACGUCUAACAUUGAUGAGGAACCGGCACUCUCAGCGCGCCGAUCAGAUUCAGACCCUGAUGGGCGAAAACAGCGCGGGUUUCCAGUCCGUGUUGAAGUAUGAUGUAUCGCCGGAGACUGUCGAGGAGAGCCUUGAGCCCAUCUUUCGCGAAAAGGAGUUGUCUGCUAAAUCAUCGAGGGAAUCCUUGGAGAAGUACAAGCGAGAGCGGUCAACCUAUGAUAUCCGUAUUGACAGCAUCAGAGCUCAGCUGCAAAAGCACAAGGAGACUCUUGAGCAAAUUGAGGGCAGGAUCGUCGCUGAGUGUGGGACUGCACCCUUCCUCGACUUCCUUGCUGUCAAGGAAGAGUCUUUGUCAGAGUUGCGCGAGCAAGUUCAGGAUAUGAAGACGAUGGGCGCGAUGUACGGCCGCUUUGUUGAUAUGGCGGAGAAGAAGCAUGCCUGUCCACUUUGUUCUCGAGGCUUUGAUCCCACCCUGGAGUCUCAGUUCACUGCCAAGUUGCGGCGACUGAUGAACAAGGCUGAAAAUGACGACGAGCACGAGUUGGCAGCCUUGGAGACCACGGUGGCGACUCUUCGAUCACUGAAAUCGUCCUACGACGCUGCGGAGCAAUUGAAGGCCAAGGAGGUCCCCACCUUGAAGGAGCAGCUUGCAGAACUGGAAGAGAAGAGGACAUCAGCCGUUGAGGCCCUCGAAACUGCUGAUUUGGAGACGGCAACACUGGUGGGUGAGCUGGAAGAAGUUACACGGUUGACGACUGCCGCCAAGGCCAUCAGCGCUUUGUGCAAGGAAAAUUCCAAGGAUGAAGCUACGAUCAAGGAUCUGGAGACUGAACUUAUGUGCGCAGGAUCCACAAAGUCUACGGAUGAACUCCAGACCGAGUACAACGCCAUCAAGCAAAAGAUGCAGAACACACGCCAAGAGGUGAGCAAGCUGAACCAGAGCAUCGCCCAAACGACUUCAGAUAUCCAGAUGAAGGAGCAGGUGAUCCGGGCUUUGCGGGAUAGGCAUGGCCAACUCCAGAACCAGCGUCAACGACAGGCACAGAUCAGAGAGCAGAUUACCGAAAUUGAGAUGUCGAUCCGAAACAUCACCCAGGAGAUGGAGCAGUUUGAGGCCGAGAGUCAGAAUGUUAUGCCGGAGAUGAACCGGUUGAAUGAGGAGCUACAGCAAGUGACCGCUGAGGGGCGAGAGAGGGAGACGAGUGCUCAGCAUGUUGUUUCGGAGCUUCAGCGGAACCUUGGACGCGUCCAAAUGUACAACAAGGAUCUCGAACGGAUUGAUAUCAAAUCGACGGUGACGGAGCUCUCCAAGCUGGAGAGUACGACAGAUUCAUACCUUGACGAAAUUGGUCAGCACACCGAUGAUCUCCAGGCGGCCGACAAGCAGAUGCAGGUGUUGCAGGAACAACUGUCCGAAUUCAAGAACCUCCAGCGCAACAUCGAUGACAAUUUGCGGUAUAGACGCUACAGGUCCAAAGCACAGGAGCUCGAUACACAGAUUGCGGAAGCAAUGUCCAAAAAGAACCAGGACGCGGAUGAGACGUAUGCCCGCCAAUUGAACCGAUUGAGCAAGAAGCAGUCGGAUUUGAGCUCUGAGCGUGCCGGUCUGCAGGGUGAGCUGCGACAGAUGCAGGACCAGAAACGAGCGUAUGAGAGCGAGCUGCAGGGCGAGUACAAGGAUGUCGUACAGAAUUAUCAUGACAGUCUGAUCGGCUACAAGACGACGGAGUUGGCGCUGCAGGAUUUGGAAAAGUACACAAAGGCGUUGCAGAGUGCGAUUGUUGAGUACCAUACGAUGAAGAUGGAGGAGAUCAACAAGUCAAUCAAGGAGCUUUGGACCAACACGUAUCGUGGCACAGAUAUUGACACUAUCGAGAUCCGGUCGGACCAAGAAGGUCUGCGGGCGAACCAAGCCUACAACUACCGUGUGGUGAUGAUGCAGCGAGGCCGGGCCUUGGAUAUGAGGAACCGAUGCAGUGCUGGACAGAAGGUGUUGGCGUCAAUCAUUAUCCGAUUGGCGUUGGCCGAGUCGUUCUCGUUGAACUGUGGGAUCUUGGCGCUGGAUGAGCCGACGACCAAUUUAGAUGAGGCUAAUGUCCAACAGCUUGCCUAUAGUCUCAAAUCGAUUAUUGAGAGGCACCGACAGCAGAGCAACUUCCAGUUGAUUAUUAUCACACACGACGAGGACUUUUUGAAAAUGCUCAGUUUGACGAAUUAUGUUGAUUACUACUACCGUGUCAAGAAGGAUGCCGAUCAGUUCAGCACGAUCUGGAAGUUGCCAGUGACGGAGGCGUAA